AUGAAAAAAAAUACUUGGGAGAUCAAAGAAAUUAAAAAUAAAGCAUAUAUGGUUCAGUCCAUCGUUUCCACAUUUUUUGGAGUCUGUUUUCCAAACACUGUAGUAUGUGACAAAGAUAACGACGAGGUGUUUAUUCAAUUGUAUGAAGCCUCCUCUGCCCCGAUACAAAAAAAAAUUAAAUUCAGCGUCGAAGUCAUCACUACAAUAGUCUUACUUGAAAAAUGUGUACAAGAGUUUUUUCCAGGAGCUGACAUCGAAGCAUUUUUAUGUAAAAAAGAGCCUUUGAUGAUGAUGAUAAAUGGUGAAAUGGAACAACAAGCGCUUGGCACUUCGUUUUAG